UCGCUCCUAGUAUUAAUAAAAAUUUGAAUGCAACAAAAUAUAGAAGAUAUUAUUGCAAUUUUAAUGCAAUUCAAAUUCUCAAGGAUCUUGUUUUUGGAGGAUAAAGAUUCCAAUUUUAUUGAAAUUCAAAUUGAAACGGCAAUUUCAUUAAUUAGGGAAGAAGAUGGAGAAAAUCUGUGUUGAAGUGAGAGUGAGACCGGAAUCAUCAUCGGAAAACGCAUCUUCUCUGUGGAAAGUGGAAGACAAUCGUAUCUCUCUCGACACCCCAAUCUCAGUCGUUUCUUCUUACUAUUUCGAUCAUGUGUUCGACGAAAUGUCUACGAAUGCCUGCGUUUAUGAGCUUCUUACCAUGGAUACCAUUCAUGCCGUGGUCGAGGGUUUCAAUGUUACUGUGUUUGCUUAUGCAACUAGUAGUGGGAAGACGUUUAAAAUGACCGGUUCUGAGACUGAUCCAGGGAUUAUUCGGAGGUCUGUGAGAGGGAUUGAAAGAAUACCAAUGAUAUCCGAUCACGAGUUUCUUAUCCGGGUUUCGUACAUGGAGAUUUAUAACGAAGAGAUUAAGCCCGGGCAGAUCAAUGAUCUCUUAGCUGUUGAGAAUCAGAGACUUCAAAUUCAUGAACAUUUGAAGCGUAGAGUCUUUGUUGCUGGCCUUACGGAAGAAAUAGUUAAUGACGCAGAACAGAUUCUAAAGCUUUUAGAUUCUGGAGAAGUGAAUAGGCACUUUGGUGAGACAAACAUGAACGUUCACAGUAGCACGUCCCACACCAUCUUCAGAAUGGUGAUUGAGAGCAGGGGGAAAGGAAACAAUUCUAUGGAUCCUAUCCGUGUCUCAGUCUUGAAUCUGGUUGAUUUGGCUGGAUCUGAAAGAAUUGCCAAAACUGGUGCUGGUGGAGUACGCUUGACGGAAGGGAAGUACAUUAACAAAAGCUUAAUGAUUCUUGGGAAUUUCAUCAAUAAACUAAGUGAGAAUGCUAAGCUAAAGGGACAUAUUCCGUACCGAGACAGCAAGCUGACUCGAAUUCUGCAGCCUGCACUUGGUGGUAAUGCGAAGACUUGCAUUAUAUGCACUAUAGCACCAGAAGAGUACCAUAUUGAGGAAUCAAAAGGCACUCUCCAAUUUGCAAACAGAGCCAAGAGGAUCACCAACUGUGCUCAAGUGAAUGAGAUCUUGACUGAUGAUGCUUUAUUGAAGCGCCAAAAGUUGGAGAUAGAGGAGUUACGUAUGAAGCUUCAGGGAUCCCAUGCUGAAGUGUUGGAACAAGAGAUAAUGAGGUUAAGCAAUCAGAUGCUCAAGUAUGAAUUAGAAUGUGAAAGGCUAAAAACACAACUUGAGGAAGAGAGAAGGAAACUGAAGGAGCAGGAGCAGGAGCAGUGGAUUAAGGAUCAACAGUUGAAAACUGAGAACAUAAUCAGUCUUGUCUCUAAUUUAGACUUCAAGAGGAACCAGUCAGAGGAAUUUAUCAGUUUCAGAAAGAAACUAGAUGAGUCAAACAAUGUUAAUGAUAGCAGUGAUGUUCCUGGGACUCCUUGCUUUAAAUCAGCUACACGCUCCUUUGUGGUUGCUCGGUCAAAUUAUUCAGGAUUGCCUGAUUUUAGUCCCAUGGUUGAUGCAUUGGGAGACUUGGCUGAUGAAGACACUUGGGCAAAGCUAAACAAAGGUUUUGUUCCAGACCUUGACAAACUUCAAUUUACACCUGCAUUUAGAAGUCAACCGAUUCCUUUAAAUACAGCAACCAUGGAAUGCUCGCGUGAAGAGGUGGAACUCAAAAGCCAGAUUGACUUGCUGACUAAUGAGAAGGACAGUCUACAGGUAAAAUUCAACGAGCAAGUAGUUAUGAAUAACAAACUUAUGGAAAAUAUCUCUGAGCUCAAACAAGAAAUGCUUCACAUGAAAAAGAUUCCAGAACGGUUAUACGAGUCGGUUGCUAAUUGCAAGGAUGUCUGCAAGGAUGUUAUAGUCAGAAUGAAGAGCUUAGUGGCUGAGAAGGAAUCUCCAAGAGCAAAGCUUUUCUUUGGUGCAACUGAAAUCACAACGAGCCUUCUUUCAACUCUAGAAUCACAAUUUUCAGUGAUUAUGGAUGGUCAGAAAUCUGGUAGCGGAGAUCAUCCGUCAUCGGAUCAAUGGGAAACACUUUGUGUGAAUCUGAAGAACAUAACAACAUCAUUACUGUCAGACGCACAAGCAAUAGAUAGAAAUUUUAACUGCCACAACAAGCCAGCAAGAUCUUGUGGUCAGACUACGCCACGAUUUGAAUGUGUUUUAAGGAACAAGAAAUGGCUGCUUUGGAGGAGAAACUGAAGUGUGAGCUCAGCAUAAUCAAGGAAAGAUAUAAUGAUGUGGUCAUGGAUGAUACCAAUGAGAGUGAGCUUGUAGCGGCAGAUGGAGAGCUUGAUCUUGAGGAAGCUUUGCAUGUACCAGCUGGCCCAAUGACGAGGGCAAAGACCAAACGGCUAAGAGAAGCAUUCAUAUGUUUGAUUCAAAAGAUGGACCAAAAGAUCAUAAAGAUCGACCGAAAGAUCAUUUAUGAAGGUCAAAUCCAAGAUGGCAACAUUUGGAUUUGUAUUUCCUCAAGGAAAUAACUCAUGGAGAUUGGGCUUUCAACGUGACUCGAGUAGAAUUAACAACGGCCAAAAACCAAGAUGAAACUUUGGUUGACCGUAGGAUCUUGGGCGAGAAAGCUUAGGGUUUGUCCACGCGCCAGGAUCCGGUCGACCACGGGCCAGCGUCUUAAAACCGACUGGGUCAACCGUGAAGAUCAAGGAUUGACCACUUCUUCAACUGUCAAACUUGUCUUUUAAUUUAGUCAGAUAAACUCUUUAUAAGUUAUUUGCAUUUCCUGAGUAUAUAGGGAUUUGCAUAUUUAAUUUUAGUUUGAAAUCAGUGUAUAAAAGGUUUUAGACGGUUAAUGUCCAAAGGUUAACUAACCAAUUUUUAUUGAACUUCUUUUCUUUGAGAGUGAUUCUCUUCUGUUUUCUUUUUUCAGAAAAACUUUGUUGUUGGUGCGUAAUAUUCAAUGACCGACUCCGAUCACUGCGCCAUAUCCUUGUUGAUUGGUGAUCAACCGAAAUAUCAAAAGAGUCU